CGCCGGGACCGCGGCUGCUGCCCGGCCGAGCUGCGGGCAGAGGGGCGGUGUCGCCCGGCUUCGUCGCGGGGUCGUGGCGUCAUCGCCGCGCGCCGCAGCAGCGGGAGGGAAGCGGCGGUGUGGCGGCCGCGGCGCGGCAGCCGGAGCGAUGCCGGGCCAGAAAUCCUUCCGCCGGCGCAGGGAGGACGAGGAGGAGGAGGAGGAGGACGAGCAGCUCGCCGAGGAGGUCAGGUUAAAACUUGAGGAAGCCAAAGAAGUUCAGAGCCUCAGAAAGCGGCCCAAUGGGGUGAGUGCUGUAGCUCUGCUGGUGGGAGAGAAGCUGCAAGAAGAAGCCACACUUGUGGAUGACCCAUUUAAGAUAAAAUCUGGGGGAAUGGUGGACAUGAAGAAGCUGAAAGAAAGAGGCAAGGACAGGAUUAGUGAAGAGGAAGAUCUGAACUUGGGAACUUCCUUCUCAGCAGAAACCAACAGGCGGGAUGAAGAUGCUGACAUGAUGAAGUACAUUGAAACUGAGCUGAAGAAGAGAAAGGGAAUUGUGGAGAAUGAGGAGCAGAAGGUGAAGCUUAAGAAUGCUGAGGACUCUCUGUACGAGCUGCCAGAGAACAUCCGUGUCUCCUCUGCCAAGAAGACUGAGGAGAUGUUGUCCAACCAGAUGCUGAGUGGCAUUCCUGAAGUGGACCUGGGAAUCGAUGCAAAAAUAAAAAACAUCAUCUCAACUGAAGAGGCCAAGGCCAAGCUGCUGGCAGAGCAGCAGAACAAAAAGAAAGACAGCGAAACUUCCUUUGUUCCUACCAACAUGGCUGUUAAUUAUGUCCAGCACAACAGAUUUUAUCAUGAGGAGCUGAACGCACCAGUGCGAAGGAACAAGGAGGAGCCAAAGCCCCGUCCGCUGAGAGUGGGGGACACGGAGAGGCCAGAGCCUGAGCGGUCUCCUCCAAAUCGCAAACGUCCCCUCAAUGAAAAAGCCACGGAUGAUUAUCAUUAUGAGAAGUUCAAGAAGAUGAACAGGCGAUACUGAUGAAUGUGGACUGAAGCCUCUGGAGUUGUUCCUAUUUUCCACCAAUAAAGGAUUUUGUGUCAGUGACCUGCGAUGGAUGUUGGGAAGAGUCACCACUUUCAGAUGCUAAAGUUACCUACGAACCUCUUCCUGUGUGAUCUUGUAGUGAAUCAGUUUGCAGGUGAUUGUGAACUCUUUGGUUGGUGUAACUUUGUAUGUAAAUAUGUUCUUAUAAAUGAAGUUUUUUAAUGGGAAAUGAGCAUUCAUGGUUGACAAUUUUUAGUGGGAAAACAAAGUGGCUUUUAUAGAUUUUUCUUUUCACCAUCUUAAUACUUAAAAGAGAUCCUUUAAAAGCAGCAAUGUUGUUUGCUUUGUAAAUGUAAAGCUCUUGGGAGCUUGUCUUCUUGUCCACAUGUCUUCCACAGAAGUGCAGUGUGGGUACUUGUAGUGAAGAUUUGUAACUUGAAAAUAGUAAAAGUGGUUUUUAAGUUA